AUGAUGGAUGCACCGACGAACACCGCACAAGAACCACCAGAGGUAUUAAUGUCAACAAGUGACCCAGUCCCAGCGGAGGAGCAGUGGCGCCUCUACUUCGCGGCCGAGCAGCGUCAGGGCGACCUCGAGGCGCUCAAAGCCGCGGCGCGUCUGCACCGAUGGAGGUCGAAACGGAACUAUGGAAAGAAAACUACUCUUCCAGCAGAUUUUCAUGUUGAGCCCGUUUUUCUCGAUCUCGGCCCACUCCCAAAGUAUCCUUUUCCCGUUAAAACUGUUGGACCAGAACCACGAAACUUGCUGAAUCUGACCGAACGCGAGCCACUAAAAGAAGGUUCUUCGGCUGGUGACGAGCGGCAGCGGGAGAUGACCAAUUCUCCUUUUCAUUUGACCACGAACGUUGACGUACAGGCGGCUCCUGUUUCGGUGCACUUUCAACAGGCGUCGGCCUCCAGCGCCGCCGACUCCAACCCGCCGCAGCACCACCUCCAAUACCAGCAGACCGGCGCUGUUAUAGUGUCAGCGCAGGUGCCGGGUCAUGCCGUCCCGCUGUCCCGCCCGUCUCCGCUUUUGCCGCAAAGCGAAAGCAGUGCCACCGAAAAUAGUACAGCCAGCAUGAAGAUCAGCAGCGCUGCAAUACCACUCCCAGCACAUGCUGGAGCUGAUGCCAAAGGCAAAGAGGAAGAUCCGGGAACUACUAACAACAUCUCGCACGAGGCGCACGAACGACAGGUAUCAAUCUCAAAAAGUGAUCCAGCGGAGGAGCAACAGCGCUUCUUCGCGAACGCGAAGCGUCGCAUGGACGAGGCGCUGCAACUAACAGGGAUCGUGUACGGGUCCGCAAAAACGGGUUUAUUUGCUGGAGAGGCAUCCGACCUAGAUCUGACCUACUUUAUCGCUAUUCGUGACCAAAGCGACACAAGAACCUUCCAGUUGCGUAACUUGGAGGCGUUUGCGCAGCGGCUCAACAAAGCAGCCAAACGUCGUAAGGCGCCCAGGUACAGCUACAGAAAUAUCGAAGUGGUCCGUGGUGCCCGCGUGCCGCUGGUGCGUUGCGUAUACAGGUCGAAAAAUAAGGAUCUUGCGAUCGAAAUCACUGUCAACAACUCCAACGGCGUGAUGAAUUCCAACCUUCUCGCACAGUAUAUGACCUGCCCCGUGGCAAAGGCUCUCGCUUUGCGAGUGAAAUCCUGGGCGCGGGAAAAGAAGCUGAUCAGAAACGUCACGAACGGGCUGCUGAGCAGCUACACGUAUACGCUGCUUGCCGUGGCCUUUCUCCAGUGGAGGGAGAUCCUGCCCAAUUUGCAAGAUAACACCACGCAGGAGGGCUGGCUGCGUAGCCAGUAUGGUGAGCGGUGGGAUUGGGCGCAGUUGUCGGGCGCAAGCCCGUAUUGUCGUAAAUUGGAGUGGUAUGUUCGAAAACUCAGCUCCCGCGAAAUCGGAGCUUCGCCGCCCGAAAGUGCUUCGCUGGACACCGUCGUCGACGUGUUGGAGAGCCAGUUUUUCAACCUGCUUGACGGGCGGAUCGAUAAAACGUGGAGGCGGCCAGAGCGAUAUGUUUUGAGCAUCAAAAGUGGCGGAUUUUGCAGACACGAGACAGAAAACGUCACAUGGUCUGCGGUCGCCGCAGAGGAUCCGUUCGAGCUCGGGCCCAAUGGGAGGCCAAGAAUUCUCAGCUGUACAACGACGGAAGGCUUUGAUGAGUUAUCCCAAGCGAUCUCGAGCAAGGUGUCUGAGUUGAUCCCCGUAUCAGUCGACGCUGAGCAUGCACUGCAGCGAGACAAAUGCGGGCGACCUCUUCCUAAUCCUCCUGCUCUUCCUCUUCCUAAUCCUCCAAGAAAUACCUACGCACCGACUUUCCAAUGACAGCUCUGGGUUGGGUUUAGGGUUUAGGGUUUAGAGUACGAAGCUACAACGUCAGCGCCGUGGUUGUGAUACUAAAUUAAAGUGAUCUAGCCUUUCCACCUACAACACAGUGAUCUCUUAUUCCGCUUCUGCACUGCAGCCAGAGGCACGCCUGUGAAAUGAUAGUGCUGGUCAUUAGUAACAUCUUCAGUUUCAGAAAAACAAGGAGUUCCUUGAUUUCCCGCUGAUCUGCUGCUGCGUCCGCAGAUCCGGAUCCUCAGUUUCAUCAACAAAUACCUACAAACGUACGAGGCCGCGGCGGAAGCUG